AUGUCGGGGCCGCCGCAGGAGCAGCUGCUCCCGAAGAAGGUCGGGCAGGGCUACGGAGCCUAUGCGCUGAAGCCGCUGAAUCCACAGGACUACUUGGCCGGCUCGCACCAUCCGUAUGCGCCGUUCCCCGGGCAGCCGCUGCGGUGGCAGAGCUACGUGUACGACGAUGGAACAACGUACGAGGGCCUGAUGCGCGAGAACAUCCCGCACGGCCGCGGGGUGCUGACGGUGGGCAAGGGCGGCAAGGGUGGGGGGGGUCUCCGGGGGCAGUUUGAGGACAAGGGCCUGCUGGCGGGCGACAAGUACGAGGGGGAGUUCCUCGCGGGCUACGCGACGGGCUUCGGCCAGUUCUCGUCGGACGACGGCACGAUUUACCGCGGGGAGUGGAUGGGGGGUAGAAAAAACGGCUGCGGCGUCCUGUCCGACCUGAAGCCCUUCUUCGCCAAGGUCGCCAAGGGCAAGGACCCGCGGAAGGCGUGGAAGGAGUCCAAGGACGAGAUCGAGGCCAGCAGCGUGUACGGCACGUGGCGCAACGACCAGCUCGUGGCCGGCCCGGACGAGACCGGGCGGCUGUGCAGCAUGGGCGAGAUCCUCGGGACGGUCGAGGAGGUCGACGAGGUGGUGACGCGGUCGCGGAUGUUCCGCUUCAAGCCCGACGGCGAGGUCUCGGUGCGGUACAUCACCGACGGCAAAGGCACCCCCGUGGACCUCAUGCAAGACCCCCUGGCGUACCCGCACGGCACGGGGUACCUCAUGCCGGGCCCCGCGGGGCAGGCGUACUCGGUUCCGCAGGACAAGGGCCUCCGGAAGCAGAUGGUCCGGGCAGCGGAGAACCACCAAGCGAUUUGGAACAUGUACAACGUGCCGUACGACCCGCGGCCGGGGAGCGUGGCGGACAAGGCGCUCAAGGCGUACAAGAAGAAGGAGAAGGAGCUCGCGGCGAUUCGGAAGCGCGAGGAGGAGCGCCUCGCGCUGCGGACGCGGCGGCGCAAUGAGGCGCGCGGGACGGGGCAGGGCGGCGAUGCGGGCCGCGCGGACGACGAGGACGACGAGGACGAUGACGACGACGACGUCGAUGACGACGACGACGAGGAUCUGCUGUCGGGCGGGCCGAAGGACAGUCCCCCGGUGGCGUCGAUCACGAUGGGGCUGUCGCGGGCGGCGCUGGCGGUGCACCGCGCGUUCGAGCGCGCGGCGCAGCACGUGCAGCGGCUGCCGCGGCACCGCCGGUGA